AUGGAACGGUGACAAGUCUCUAAUUUUGGGCUGGUGUGACAUAAUGUUUAAAAUUGUUUUCCCCUUGGGUGAAAGUCCUUCAAAUGGUUGAUGCAGAUUGGAAGCCCUAAAUGGGUUUUGUUUAUGGGGAGAUUAAAGUAGCAAGAGAAGAAAUUAUGAAAGCUUUGGAUGGUCAAGAGAAAGCUUAGAAGCCUAUUAUAGAUAUUAUAACCAACAGGAUGAAAGGUAGGCUAGAUUCAAAAUUACAUUUGACGUUUUAUCUUUUGAAUCCUUAUUCUCAUUAUAAGGAUUCAGAACUCCAACAUGAUCCCAACAUAAUGGAUGCGAUUCUUGAAAUUUUUGAUACAUUAAUUUUUGGAGAAUUAGAGAUCCAAAGACAAUUCAUGACUAUUGACUUGCCAAAGUACAAGGAAAAAGUUGAUAGAUUUGGACUGGAGCUUGCAUAUAAAUCUUGUAUGGUGAACAAUGCCGACUUUGAUCUGGUAAGAUGGUGGGGACUUUUUGAUGAAGUUGACCCUAAAUCGAUUAUGGAAUCGACUGACGAAGCUCUUGGGACUAAUGAUAAUCAAGCACCCCGUCAAAAUUCAACAACUAGACAACUUUUUGAUGAAGACUUCGAGUCCGAGAAUGUGGAGCAAGUGUUUGAAGAAGGUGAAUACGAAUCAGAUGGAGUUCAAAUAUUGGAAGAAGUCGGAGGAGAUUAG